AUGUCAACAAAACAGGUUUUGUUGCUUCUUCCCCUCCUUUUCAGCGCCGGCUGGGCAUCUCCGGCGCGUAACCCUGCCGACCGUAACCCUGCCGAUCGUACGAAGCCUCUUAAACCCAUAGCGAGCAACAAACCAGGCAGCGGCGGCAGCGGCGGAAACAGCACAGGUGGCGGCGCGCCGACGCUUCCCUCGGGCUUCAAAAAGAUUGUCUUUCAGGAUGACUUUUCUACGCAGAAGGCUGGCGCCCUUCCCGACUCUUCAAAGUGGACCUUUGACGUCGGCACGAGCUACCCAGGAGGCGCCGCGAACUGGGGCACGCAAGAGAUUCAGACCUACACCAAGGACACCAAGAACAUUGCCAUAUCCUCGAGCGGAACGUUGACGAUCACCCCGAUCAAGAACGGCGAGUCUUGGACUUCGUCCCGUAUCGAAACCAACGCGGCGCAGGACUUCCAAUGCCCCGAGAAGGGCAAGAUGCGGAUGGAGGCGAGCAUCAUGAUCCCGGCUUCAGACCCUUCCACGCAAUCCGGAAUCUGGCCCGCCUUCUGGUCCAUGGGUUCAUCCUUCCGGACGAAUGUGACUUCGUGGCCGGGCGUGGGCGAGAUCGACAUGCUCGAGGUGUCCAACGGCGUUGGCACCGUGUUCCAAACGGCACACUGCGGCGUAAUCGACGGCGGCCCGUGUAACGAGAAGACCGGUCUCAGCUCCAGUGCCGAGUUCCCCCGCGGCGAGUUCGUCAAGGUUGCGUGCGAGGUCGACCGCUCUGGUGGCGGCGAUUUCAAGACCGAGAAGCUGAUAUGGUAUGUCAACGACAAGCCGACCAAGACCAUCACGGGCCAGGAGAUUGGCGAUGCGGCCUUUUGGAACAAUCUCGCCCGCACGCCCAAGAUGAUGCUCCUCAACGUUGCCAUCGGCGGUGAAUUCCCUGACGCCAAGGCCGGUACUAAGACGCCCAACGCCCAGACUGUCGGCGGUGAGACGUCCAGGAUGGAGGUCAAGUACGUUGCUGUCUACAGCACUUGA